GGGUGGGGCUGACGCUGCAGCUGGCGCAGCUCAGACCCCGAGCAACCGCCGCGGAGCAGCCAAGCAACCACCUUCCCCUGCCCGUUCCCGCGCCCGGGCCGGGGCUAGGCCCCCAACCGCCGGGUCUCCGGGGGCUGCAGUAGCGGCGGCGGCGACAGCGGCGCCGCCCGCGGUUCCCGCCGGGGCCCGGGCGCCGGCCCCGCUCUGCAGGAUGGGCACGGUGCUGUCUCUAUCCCCCGCCUCUUCGGCCAAGGGCCGGAGGCCCGGCGGGCUGCCCGAAGAGAAGAAGAAAGCGCCGCCCGCGGGGGACGAGGCGCUGGGGGGCUACGGGGCGCCGCCAGCAGGCAAGGGCGGCAAAGGCGAGAGCCGGCUCAAGCGGCCGUCAGUGCUCAUCUCGGCGCUGACCUGGAAGCGCCUGGUGGCCGCAUCUGCCAAGAAGAAGAAAGGCAGCAAGAAGGUGACGCCCAAGCCGGCAUCCACUGGCCCUGACCCCCUGGUCCAGCAACGCAACCGCGAGAACCUUCUCCGCAAGGGUCGGGAUCCCCCCGACGGCGGCGGCGCCACCAAGCCACUGGCGGUGCCGGUGCCCACCGUGCCCGCGGCCGCUGCCACCUGCGAGCCGCCGUCGGGGGGCAGCGGGGCCGCCCCGCCGCCGGGUUCCGGUGGGGGCAAGCCUCCACCGCCGCCACCCCCAGCCCCGCAGGCGGCGCCGCCGGUGCCUGGCGGCUCGCCACGGCGGGUCAUCGUGCAGGCGUCCACCGGCGAGCUGCUGCGCUGCCUGGGCGAUUUCGUGUGCCGACGCUGCUACCGCCUCAAGGAGCUGAGCCCGGGCGAGCUGGUGGGCUGGUUCCGCGGAGUGGACCGCUCGCUGCUGCUGCAGGGCUGGCAAGACCAGGCCUUCAUUACGCCCGCCAACCUGGUGUUCGUGUACCUGCUGUGCCGCGAGUCGUUGCGCGGGGAUGAGCUGGCGUCGGCCGCCGAGCUGCAGGCCGCCUUCCUCACCUGCCUCUACCUCGCCUACUCCUACAUGGGCAACGAGAUCUCAUACCCGCUCAAGCCCUUCCUCGUGGAGCCCGACAAGGAGCGCUUCUGGCAACGCUGCCUGCGCCUCAUCCAGCGGCUCAGCCCCCAGAUGCUGCGGCUCAACGCCGACCCCCACUUCUUCACGCAGGUCUUUCAAGACCUCAAGAACGAGGGCGAGGCCGCCGCCGGCGCCGGGGGUCCACCCAGCGGGGGCGCGCCCGCGGCCCCCUCCUCCUCCUCGGCCGCCAGGGACAGCUGCGCGACCGGAGCCAAGCACUGGACUAUGAACCUGGACCGCUAAGGGAUUCCCAGGGCCGCGCCCGCCCCCCACCCCCAUCCCAGCCCCUGACACGCACUCGGAGCCCCCGGGACCAUCAAGCCGCCGCCGCUGUUAUCGCCGCUCCGCGCCGCGGCCGGAGGAGGAGCCGCCCCUGUCCCGCAGGGGAAGGUGGAGGCCAGGACGCCAGAGGCCGCGGCUCUGAAUAUGCUAGGCAUAGGGUGGGGGAUGCGCGUGGGAGGGGAACCCCCAACCUCACCCUUUCUGUCUGCCUGUGCCCCAUGUCUUCAAUUCUACCUGGGUCUCCUCCUUCCUUUCUGUGUGCGUCUCUAAGUCCAUGUCCCUUGGUCUUGACCAUUUCCCGGCCUUCUUCCUCUACCUUCAUCCUCCGGUCUGCCUUCCCAUCUCCCUCUCUGGCUCUCCAUUUUCGGUAACUUGGGUGUGUAUUUCCGUCUCCAUCUUACCCCCCACCUGACUAUCUCUCAUUGCUCCCGUUUCUCUUUCUGCACCUGUGUCCCCAGCUCCCCUUCUUGUUCUCUUUUUUUUUCCGCCCUUCUGGCAUGUGUCACCAUCUUCCCUCCUGUCUGCUCUCCCCCACCCCCACCUAUGUCAGCUUGCACUUCUUCCCCCGACUGAGCCCUCAUAUCCCUCUUCCCAGACCAAAGGGACUAUUAAUUCUUGAUUUGAACUGACUGAGGUGCGGCGAGAAACUGCAGCCCUAGGAGCCCAGACAACCACCUGGAUGGUCCUUCGCCCUACCCCCACCUCCUCUCCCUACCUUUUCCAACGUGUUGCAUGCCGGGAGUUGGGGGGUGGGGGAGAUGCCGGCUUCAAGAGGCUGAGGUUUGGGAGCAAAAUCAACCUAGGAGGCCACCCCGGCGGCGGCGGCGCCUCAGCGGAAGGAUGGGAGGAGACAGAAACUCUUCUUACACUGGGGGAGGGGCACCUCCUCUUCCUUAUCCUUAGGUGUUUUUGUUCCCCCCACCUUUUAAUUUAUUUGGUUGUUUCCAGAGGGAGGGGGGAGGGAUGGGUGUUGGGCUGGGAGCUGUCUGAGGUGCUGAUUUGAGGCCGGACCGGAAUCCUCCCGGGUGGGUACCAGGGACUGGGUUGGGCCUGGUGCCGUGUCCAAGGUGCCAAUGAUGCGGGCCGACGGCGCGGGCUGCACUGUCUGUCUGUCCGUCUGUCCCGGAGAGAACUAUAAAGCGCUGGAAGCGCCUGCA